UCGAGCAGACGACAGCGAGCUCUGGAUACGCGGAUUAUCCCUCUACACUGGAUUUGACCUCAGCAUCACUCCAUCUGCGCUCCAUCACUCGAAAUGUGGAUAAAGUGUUUUUGGUUUUGGAGAAAAUUUGUUGAAUAAACCGGAUUCUCCAUCGGUGGAGUACAAUCUGCAUCAUAUAAGAUUAGGUAAAGAAGGACAAAUGUGGCCAUUACCAUGUGGCGAUAUAAUGGAAUCAGAAGCAAUAUGGAACAUCCCUGUUUUAAUCCAGAAAGUCAACUCAAAGGAACAUCAUCAGUAAAGCCCAUCUAGACAGCAGAAGCAGACCAGUUGUCCACUUCUAAUCUCAAGGCUGUUUGGUCUGUUUUGGAACUCAUCCCAGUAAUCUUAAACAGGAUUUAGGAUAACAUGUGUCAAUAACCUCAAUGGCCUCACGUUCUUCACUCAUAUGGUUAUCAUCUAAAGGAUUUGAUGUUUCUUCAAUGACCUCCAUAUAAUUUUCCAGAAGAUAUAUCUGAGGAGUUUUAUUUUGUUCAUUGCACUCUUGUAGCAUAAGCACUGGUUACCAUGCUUCCCAUUUGCUGGCCCCAUCGUGCACUAUUACUAUUCAGCACCUUCCUGAAUCUUGGUUUGGGCCUGGAGUUCACAGGAUCAGAGGGUCAGUGGGCACGUUAUCUUCGCUGGGAUGCAAGCACCAGAAGUGACCUCAGCUUUCAGUUCAAAACAGCCAUAUCAGAUGCACUGGUUCUCUACUUUGACGAUGGAGGAUAUUGUGACUUCCUGCUCCUGAGUAUUGAAGAAGGCAAGCUUAAGUUGCAUUUUAGUGUGGACUGUGCAGAAACAACUAUAACCUCCAACAAGAUGGUAAAUGACAGUCGCUGGCACUUUGCCACCAUCAGCAGGCACAACUUGCGAACCGUGUUGGCGCUGGACGGAGAGUCAAAGGUGGACGAGGUAAGACCACAAAGGCAGUUCAUGAAGAUAGUCAGUGACCUUUAUCUUGGAGGAGUGCCUCAAGACAUUCGGACAUCUGCCCUAACACUACCAGCAGCUAAGGAGAUGCCACCAUUCAAGGGGAUUAUUACAGACCUGGGUUAUGGAAAUCAGGUUCCAACACGCCUUGGAAGCCAAAAGGUCCGGUUAGAGAUGGAAGGCUUGUGUACGGAAAACCUCUGUGAAAAUGGAGGCAGUUGCAGCAUGACUGACGGUGAAGCUUACUGUGACUGCUCUAAAACAGGAUAUGUAGGUCGUUACUGCAAUGAAGCUGUGAACAAAACCCCCGGGUUCGCGCAUAUGGUGAAGUCUCCACAAGGUAUGCUCAGUUCUCUCAAUGCACAUUUUGCCAAUGUGUUUACAUUGUUGUUGUGACUGCUCUUGCACGUGCAUGCAGCUCCCUACAGCAUCCUGCUUUAUGAUUGGCUCUGCCCUCGUGACACUGCAUGAUCAUUGUCCUGUUGCUGAAUUAUGUCAUUUCUUUCUGUGAUACUGCGGUUAACUGUCAGGUCAGGAGAGUUUAUCGGUGAUCUCAUAGAGAAAUGCAUUCUCUCUCAUCUGUUAGACUGAUCUGCCCUCCAUAUUACUUAGAUAUCAUUAAUAGACUGGAAUAAUUACUAUGCAGUGAUAAAUAAUAUAUCCCUAAGCUAAACUCAUUCUCUGAAUGAGUGAUUCUGAAAGCAAGCAAAAGUGCAAGUUAAUAAAAAGAUUCCUUUUAAACAGGGUUUGCUUUAAAAGUGUGUGUUGUAUGAAUGAUCUGCCAUCAUGGUUUUGUCCUGAAUUCUUCUGAAUGCUGAAUGCUUCUGUCAACAAUUGUAUCAGUGCAUUGAGGGGACAGAAUAGGUACUAAUAAAAAAAAAAAAAAAAAAAAAAAAACAUAAGCUUAGUAAACUGAAGUUCAGAAAAUGUUGUCAACAUGCAAAGGUCAACACGUUUUAAAAUGUGUGAAAUGUUUUUACAAACGUCUUACUAAAAUAAUGUUCAAACACAGUAAUUAACAGGACAGUAAUGAAAAAAGGAAAAAAUAGUAAUAAUGUUGCAAAUGAAGUUUUUCAAUAAUGUAAUAAAUGCAAUAACAAGAGCAUCUUCAUUAUCCAGCUCAAUUUUCUAAAAGUUUUUUUCUCAUCCAUUGUAGACAAAUUGUAGACAUGUGGCAGUAGUGGAGAAAUAAAAAGGUUAACAGGGUGGCAAAUAACAGGGUAUCAAAUGUAAACCAAAUUAAGCUGUCACUUAGUAGCAGCUAGUUAGUUUGUAACCAAAUGUUUCAUGGUUUAUAAACAAACUUUUUAGAAAAAUGUCAUGCAGUUGAAAGAGUUCAAAUUAUGUUGCUUGAUGGCAGUCAUGAUUUUAAGUGACCAGUGCAAAUUAAUGUGAUAACAGGGUUACAUGCAGAAUUUGGUUCACAGCUAAAUAUUAUGUUUUUGAUCAUUAAAUUUAGAUCAAUAAUGAAAAAAAUAUAUUGCUUCUCUAAUAGAUAGAUAAUAUCAACAUAUACAUAUGUGAUGUUAAAAACGUCCAUGCUUAAUCAUUUAAAUAGUUAAUUUAAAUAUUGAUAUGUUUUUAAUAGGUUUUCUAUAAUAAAACAUAGUUAAAUCAUACACACACAGACACACACACACACACACACACA